AUGACAACAACUUCUAGUAUUAUUACAAACACAUCAAAAAAAAACGAGAGUAGUGGUGUCUGGGAUACAAAACUUCAACAAUUUCACGGAGGACAAGAUUGGAAGUUUUUAGAAAACUUUGUUGAAGAUUUUUCUGUAACUACAAAUGCUCUUGGGACUCCGAAAGAUGCGUUAGAAGCUGCUAGAGAAUCGAUUUACACUUGUCAUCAUUAUCCUCCAGCCGACCAAGAACCAGCCAAAACAUCUCUUGCACAGUUCCUUUGGCCACAUGACCACGUAAAUCACCACAAAAAACUACUACUAGGAAACGGCGCAAGUGAAUUGAUAGAUUUGGUCAUAAGAUCUGCGGCACCUCAUGGUUCAUGGAAACCUGGACCAUGGGAUGUUCAAUACAAAGAGUAUCAACGCGCAGCAGAAACUAAUGGUCAAAAGAUUUUAAGUGGACAAGAAGAUAGUAAAGCAAGUCUUGUGUGUAUUGUCAAUCCGUGUAAUCCGACGGGCGAUUAUUUUGUGUUGGAGGAGUUGAAGCAGUGGAUUGAAGCGAAUAUAGAAGACGGCGGCGUCGUGAUUGUUGACGAAUCAAUGCAACCAUGGCUAUCACAUGACUUUCGAUCAGACUCAUUAACAUCCCAACACGAGUAUCUCGAAUCUCUAUAUGUGACCCGAAAAGUUUCCCUGUAUGUAAUUCAUUCAUGGACAAAAUUUUGGUCGUGUACCGGUUUACGACUCGGCUCGGUAGUAUGUCCAACCACGAACCACUGUGACGCGUUAAAACGUCUACAAGUUCCGUGGAGUGUUAAUUCACCAGCACUGGCGUUCUUGCACGCUGUAGUAAAAGAUGACGCGUACAUGGAAAGAACAUGGCAAGUGACACCAGUGUGGCGUAGCGCGUUAAUUGAGCGUUUAAAGAAUUUAUUGGAGAUUUUUAUGAAGAGACAAAAUAAAAAUGCAAGUGGAGUCGAGGACGACGGUGACAAAUCGCUAGAAUGGAAAUUUUAUGGAAAACCGUUUUUAUCGUGGGUUUGGGUGGAUCUAAAGUCUCAAAAAUUGGCACAAGAAGCAGUCGCGCUUGCAAAAGCUGCGGGUGUGCCGGUGAGGAGUGGGCAGCCGGGAUACGGGAGACCGACUUUCGUGAGGAUUGCUGUGAGGGAACCGGAGAAAGUCGACAUUUUGAUUACGGCUUGGGAGAAUACUGGGCUUGAUAUGUUUAAGCGUGCUUGCGAAGCUACAAAUGGUAUACUUCUUAGUUUAUUCUAUAAAAAUUGUCAAUUUCAAUAUGAAGAAGACAAAUUUGGUGACUUUAUCGAUACGAUCAAUGCGAAAUUGAAUUUCGUGGAAUUGGAGUUUCGCAAAAGUCAUGAUGAGGAUACCGGAGAGGAGGUUUUGGCGUUGGUAAACACAAGUGAUGACGAAAUCGCCAAAUUGGCAACAGAUUAUACACCUCUCGAGAUUUCUUAUUUUAGAGCUUUGAUUGAAAUUAUCAUCAAUGCUGAUGACGAAGCGUUCUCUGUAUCAGGAACCACCGCCAUAAAAGAAAGUUCGAAACUCAAACCUCCCAUAACUAGAAUGGCGGCAGAAAAGGUUCUGAAAAGAUUUGUGGAUGAUAAGUGGCUUGUGAAGACUUCAGCUGGAAGGUUUGCGCUAACUCAACGCACAAUAUUGGAACUACAGAAUUAUCUAAAAGAUCAAUACGACGAGGCGAUACAUGAGUGUACACUUUGUUAUGAUAUUGUGACAAAGGGGCAACGAUGCAGCGUAGAAAAAUGCAGCACGCGUCUACACCAUCAUUGCGCUCGAAGAAUGUUUCAAACGAAACCACAAUCCGAAAGAAAGUGUCCAACCUGUUCAGCAAUCUGGCGAGAGACGAUGGUGACUGGUGAAGAGGCAGUGUUGGUUAAUUCGCGUCGUAAUAAUGAAACUGUGAAUUUACAGGAAACUUGUAUUUUUAGUAAACCUACAUAUACGCACGAAUACGUGUAA